AGAAGACGCAGCAGCAGUACAGUCCCGCGUGUGCCUCACUCUUCUUCCCAGCAGCGUGUCAACGUGGUACCGCACAGGACCUCUCCAUAGAGAGAGAGCAGCCCAAGUUUGCAUACAAUACACUGAAAAAGACAGCACAAUGUUGGUGCUAUUUGAGACCGCCGCUGGAUAUGCUAUAUUCAAGGUCCUCGAUGAGUCCAAACUGCAGGAGGUCGACAGUCUCUGGAAGGAGUUCCAGACCCCUGAGAAAGCCAACAAAAUCGUGAAAUUGAAGCACUUUGAGAAGUUUCAGGACACAACCGAGGCCCUUGCAGCUGCCACGGCCAUGGUGGAGGGAAAGAUUGGCAAGAGUCUGAAGAAGGUUCUGAAAAAGGUGGUGGCAAAGGAGGCUCACGAGCAGCUGGCCAUCAGCGAUCUCAAACUGGGGGGCGUCAUCAAAGAAAAGAUGAACCUGAGCUGCGUCCACAGCCCGGCCAUCGCUGAGCUGAUGAGGGGCAUCAGGACCCAGAUGGAGGGGCUCAUCACCGGCCUUCCGCCCCGUGAGAUCAGCGCCAUGUCCCUGGGUCUGGCCCACAGUUUAUCCCGCUACAAGUUGAAGUUCAGCCCAGACAAAGUGGACACCAUGAUCGUCCAGGCCAUCUCCCUUCUGGACGACCUGGACAAAGAGCUCAACAACUACAUCAUGAGGUGCAGAGAGUGGUACGGCUGGCACUUCCCAGAGGUGGGAAAGAUCAUCACCGACAACCUUGCCUACUGCAAAGCUAUCCAGAAAAUAGGGUUCCGCACCAACGUUGCCACGACAGACCUGUCUGACAUCCUCCCGGAGGAGGUUGAAGCCGAGGUCAAGUUGGCCGCCGAGAUCUCCAUGGGAGUGGAGGUCUCUGACGAGGACAUCACCAACAUCCUGCACCUGUGCGAGCAGGUGAUCGAGAUCACAGAGUACCGCGUGCAGCUGUACGACUACCUGAAAAACCGUAUGACUGCCAUCGCUCCCAACCUGACGGUUAUGGUGGGGGAGCUUGUCGGAGCUCGGCUUAUCGCUCACGCAGGCUCCUUGAUGAACUUGGCCAAGCACCCGGCCUCCACCGUGCAGAUCCUUGGGGCGGAGAAGGCCCUGUUCAGAGCCCUGAAGACCCACAAGGACACACCCAAGUACGGCCUCAUCUAUCACGCCUCUCUGGUGGGGCAGACCAGCGCCAAGAACAAGGGCAAAAUCUCCAGAAUGCUGGCGGCUAAGUCGUCGCUGGCUAUCCGCUACGAUGCGCUCGGGGAAGACACCACCUCAGAGAUGGGUAUUGAGAACAGGGCAAAGCUGGAGGUCCGACUGCGCCACCUGGAGGAUAAGGGGAUCAGGAAGAUAAGUGGAACUGGCAAAGCGAUGGCGAGGGCAGAUAAAUAUCAGCACAAGAGCGACGUGAGAGUCUACGACCCCUCCGCCGACUCCACGAUUCCCAGCACCUCCAAGAAGAGGAAGUUUGAGGAGGUGGAGGAGGAAGAGGAGGAGCAACCCGCCACACCCGCUACCAAAGUCAAAAAGCCCAAGAAGGAAGCGGCAGCAGCAGUAGAAGAAGCUGAAACGUCAGAGGUCGCCGAGGUAGAACCUCCCAAAAAGAAGAAAAAGAAGGAUAAGAAGGCAGAGGAACCCGCUGCGGAGGAGGAGGAAGUAGUUGUAAAAUCAGAGGAAACGACAGAAAAGAAGAAAAAGAAGAAGAAAAAGGUCAAGGAUGAGGAAGACGAAUAAAGAACAGAUUCUAUAUAUUCUUUAGUUUAGUUUUUCUUGUAAUUUCUACUUGUAAAUCUCCCUACAAAACUGUAUGACUGACUUUUUCCGGAUGUCUCGAAUGCUUGGCCACAUGUCAUUUAUCAUUUUUAUUAGUGUGAUUAUGAUCACAAUUUAUGUUUUGGAUUUAUGCACAAACGGGUUAUCUGUUUUACUUUCAUGAAUAAAAAUCAUCAAUUGUUUCAUGGCCACCUAAGUUGUACUACUCCUAGUUGACCAUUGUGUAUAAGCUCAUCUGUAUCAGACCCUGUCAUGAAAGUGCACUUUCAGUUUUACUUCAAACUGGGAAUGCAUCCUGGUACAAUAAAAACCUUUUUUUUCCAAAACCUUA